AUGGCUCUCAAACCUCCAUUUCAAGCUUCUUACUACUCAAACGCAGGUUUUCAAAAUCAGCCUCGAAUGAACGCAAACCUCCCUCCUGCAGGACUAGUAACCAAAAUGCCUGACGAAGGUGCUGAGUUCUGUAUCAAGCCAGAACAACCCCGUACAUCUACUCCACCAAACAUCAAAAAAUUCAGAAAAAGCUUCAAUGAAGAGCCAGGCGCUAAACAAAUCCAUUACGGAGUCGCAGACGAUCCUCUUCCCCCAGAGUCUUUUACAUAUUUUCACAAAUUUUUUUCAUAAAAAAAUAAUUUUUUUAAAAAAUAUUUUUUUUAUCUCUUUUACAUAUGGCAAAAAGACUCACGGAUCAGACCAUGUCCAUGAAGUCAUAAAGCCAAAUCAGCUUCAAGGACUUACAGAAUUCGCUAAUAAACUUAAAGAAGAUAAAUACGCUUCAAGCAUUCGUGAGCCACUUGGAAGGCCUAUGGAGAGAAAUUAUGAAAUGCCAGGCGUAGUGCAUGAGCCUGAUUUUAAAUAUGGUGUCAAGACAAUAGGCAGUGAAAGCGCUUAUACUUUGAUUUUCCCUCCAGGUGGAAAAACAAUGGAGCCUGAUGAUGUUAGAAAAAUGUAUUAUAAAUCUCAUGGGGUCACUGAAGCUGGAGAACAAAUAAGGAGAGAUUAUAAUUGGCCAGUUGAUAAACAUGAACAUAGAUUUGGCCUGCCUGAUCCUAAGCAGUUAGAUGGGGCUGCAAUUUCAUUGCAGCCAGAAAAAUAUGGAAGCACUCAUCCAAAGACAAUUAUUGUCCAAAAAACUGUUGAAGAUUUCAGGUCAACUGCACAUGAAGAUUUAGGAAAACCCAGAAAUUUAGGCCAGGGAAAGCCAAAUUUGCCAGAAGACCAUGCAUUUGGAUCUUCAAUUCAUCGAAAAAAUGAGUGGACAGCUAAACAAUGCAUACAUGGGCAGCCUAAUAAAAGAGAGGUGCAGCCUGAUCCAGAUUUAGGGAGAACUAAUAGGCUCGGCUUUAGAAACACUGUAGAUUAGAUUAGAUUAACGCUAGGUAUUUAAGGUCCCCACUACGUCCGAGGAAGCAUUCUACGAUUUCCCGUAUGGUGGCAGAGCGUUCACCAAGCCCGGGCGAAACCUCCAGUUUCUCGGUAGAGGCAAUGCCAAGGGCCGUCUCAUACCGGUUUUGCUGACCGCCUCCAUUUCCAACUUGGAUCGUCGCCUAAGUUUACGCCAACACUGCCGCGUCGUCCGCCAGAUCUACCCAUUGAAGGGCACCUUUUAAACUGGAGAGACCCCCGUUUAGUUGUCUAACUCGCCUUCCCCUCUUUUCCGGUCAUCCCGAGAAAGAACUCAACAGCUUUCGCCAUUCGGGGCGAGCCACAAAAGCAGCUUAGGCAGGUAAGUCGCCCUGCCUCAUUUCGGGCACUCACUGGGCUGAGCGCUGCUGGCAAAAAGAAGUCACGAGUAGCUGCCCAUGGGUCUGGUCACAAAAACAGCGGCUUCUGCGCUUAAGCCUCUCGCUUCGAGAUCCCAGACGUUGUUGGGCUAACUCCUGGCUCCAAAAACCAUGCCCGGAUAUACAUGGGUAACCACCACUGAGAGGGUGGGUCGGUCGCCGUCCGCCAUUUUAUGUAUAUUAGAAACACUGUAAAAGACGGAGACGAAGAUAGACAGUUUGGUGUCCCUACAAUUAGAAACGAUAUACCCAAAAAGUCAUUUAAAUCUGUUGCAGAUCCAAAUAAUUAUUCCCUAUACAUUUUUCUUUAAAAAAUAUAUACAUUUUAAUAUAAAUUUACCUUAUAAUUAAUUAUAAUUAAUUAUAAAUAAUUAAAUUAUUAUUUUAUAUAAAAAAAGAUUAUUAUUUUUUAAAUAAAAAUUAUUUUAUAAAAAAAAAUAAUUACGGAGAUGAAGCAUCAGCUGUACAAUUAUUAUACCCUGAUUUCUGGCUUCGCUAUGGCAUAACAAUUGAAGAAUUCAGAAGAGAGCGACCUAAAGAAGAAAUAAAAGACUUAUUUGAUUGCGCUGGUAUGGAAAUUAAACGUGGGAAACUUGAAGCAGUCUGCUCAAAAGCGUUACAAUUUGCAGGAAUUGUCUCUUUAGAGUCGUUUAUUCAAGCUUUAAGAUGGUAUGAGGCACAAGGACUAGUUUAA